UUGACUGAGUGGCGGCAAAUUGUUGCGAUGUUGCUGUUCGUAGUGUGUGAAACUUUCAUUUAAAGUUUGUAUGCGAUCCGCAUAACUCAUAGUUUCUACGAGACGGUCUCCGGCGCAAUUUUUUCAACAUGAGCCAGGAUCAGACCAGUCUGGCUGAGGUUGAGUACGCGUUUAUCGCCAAGCUCGACAACGCCAAAGACCUUUCUCAACUUCUCAGAGCGAUCAGCAUUAAAGAAGUAGCCACGGUGGAGAUCAACGACAUGGGAAUCCGAGUGAUCGCCCAAGAGGGCAAAUGCGUUCAGGCUAUCGCUUUCGUCCAACGAGAACUUUUUGAGAAUUACGCCCUGAAGGAACCGACGCUGUCUUUCGAUAUCAGUUUGUCUAUAUGGCUGGAAUGCCUCACAAUGUUUGGUGCCAUGGGUGGACCUGUCUCAACGCGACUGUGCUAUGGAGGUCAAGGAAAUCCUCUGGUUAUGUUCCUCGAGGAAAGUGGUGUUGUGACUGACUGCAAGAUACGGACGCUCGAAUCCGAAGGCGUCGUCAAUUUCGACCUGUCGAGAGACAAUGUGAUUAACGUCGUCAUCCUGAAGUCCGAAAGCAUCAAGGAGGUCUGGUCAGAACUUGACAUUUCCAGCGAGGACAUGGAAGUUUUCAUAUCUCCAAAUGACCCUUACUUCAGGCUUAGCACAUUUGGAGCUGCAGGAACUGUUGAAGUGGCUUACUCUAAGGAUUCGGAUUUCAUGGAGUCAUUUCAAUGCAAGACGGAGCAAAGGAACACGUACAAGAUAAAUCUCAUGAAGCAGUGCAUCAAGGCUCUCAAUUUGUCCAGCAAAGUGGCCAUCCGUACGGAUCAGCUCGGACUCAUAUGCUUCCAGUUUCUCAUACGCACGGAAGAAGGCACUGCCACCUUUGUCGAGUAUUAUUGCACUCCAAACAGAGAGGAACCACAAGAAGGCUGAUGAAGCAAUUUUAUGCCAUGCUGCUUAUUAUUUUUGUACAGAAGAUUGUAAAUUUGUAUGUGCACCUGUAAAUAAACAUGAUUUUUGAAGUAUCA